AUGCCUAGAGCUUUACCUGAGGACAUGAAAAGCGACAUUAAAGCAGCACUGUUGCAUCGCAGAGAGCCGAACGAUAUUGUAGAGGGCCUUGGAAUUCAUAUUGCCACAGUUAAGAGAUAUCGUAAGCGAUUUUCUCUUCAACCUCCAGUGUCGACAGGACAACAUAGCAUUGUUUCAGGUGCAGGCAAGCGGCAUAGCAAAUUGUUUGUAAUCAGAGGCCAGCUAAAGACAGCCCAGAAGGUCUAUAGAAAGUUAACAGAACCAGGAUAUGCAUGUCAAAUAUGCGAUGGUAAUAUGAGUCCCGGAACUUAUCAGCAUAUUCUGGACACUACAUACAUGGAAACAUUGGCAUAUUUCGGAAUAAACAAAUCUUUUGUAUAUCUUCAGCAUGACAGUGACCCUGAACACAAGUCAAAGUCCACGCAAUUGCUUGAUUAA